CUGGCGCCGGGGCCCCCUUCCCCUCCUGUCGCUAGCGGCGGCUGCUGCCCGUCUUCCCGAGGCCCAGGGGCCAGAUCUCCGAGCCCUUUGCUCCCUUGGCUGCUAGGGGACCGAGCAGCUGCGCAGCCUGCGGCGCUCUUGGCUGUAGGGGCCUCGCGGAGCAUGUCGGAGGAGAACGACAUGGACAAAGCCAUUAAGGAAACCUCCAUUUUAGAAGAAUACAAUAUUAAUUGGACUCAGAAGCUGGGAGCUGGAAUUAGUGGUCCAGUUAGAGUCUGUGUGAAGAAAUGUACCCAAGAACGGUUUGCACUGAAAAUUCUUCUUGAUCGUCCAAAAGCUAGAAACGAGGUACGUCUGCACAUGAUGUGUGCCACACACCCAAAUAUAGUUCAAAUUAUUGAAGUGUUUGCUAACAGUGUACAAUUUCCUCAUGAGUCCAGUCCCAGGGCUCGACUCUUAAUUGUAAUGGAGAUGAUGGAAGGGGGAGAGCUAUUUCACAGAAUCAGCCAGCACCGGCACUUUACAGAGAAGCAAGCCAGCCAAGUAACAAAGCAGAUAGCUUUGGCUCUACAGCACUGUCACUUGUUAAACAUUGCACACAGAGAUCUCAAGCCUGAAAAUCUACUUUUCAAGGAUAACUCUUUGGAUGCUCCAGUGAAGUUGUGUGACUUUGGAUUUGCUAAAAUUGACCAAGGUGACUUGAUGACACCUCAGUUCACCCCUUAUUAUGUAGCACCUCAGGUACUGGAGGCACAGAGAAGGCAUCAAAAAGAGAAGUCUGGUAUCAUACCUACCUCACCAACACCCUACACUUACAACAAGAGCUGUGACUUAUGGUCCCUAGGGGUGAUUAUCUAUGUGAUGCUGUGUGGAUACCCUCCUUUUUAUUCCAAACAUCACAGCCGGACUAUCCCUAAGGAUAUGCGGAGAAAGAUUAUGACAGGCAGUUUUGAGUUUCCAGAAGAAGAAUGGAGUCAGAUCUCAGAGAUGGCCAAAGAUGUUGUGAGGAAGCUCCUGAAGGUCAAACCAGAGGAAAGACUCACCAUUGAGGGAGUGUUGGACCACCCCUGGCUCAACUCUACUGAGGCCCUUGAUAAUGUGCUACCCUCUGCUCAGCUGAUGAUGGAUAAGGCGGUGGUUGCAGGAAUUCAGCAGGCUCAUGCGGAGCAGUUGGCUAACAUGAGAAUCCAGGAUCUGAAAGUCAGCCUCAAACCCCUCCACUCAGUGAACAACCCUAUUCUGAGGAAGAGGAAGUUACUUGGCACCAAGCCAAAGGAUGGUGUUUACAUCCAUGACCAGGAGAAUGGAGCUGAGGAUUCAAACGUUGCCUUGGAAAAGCUUCGAGAUGUGAUUGCUCAGUGUAUUCUCCCCCAGGCUGGUAAAGGAGAGAAUGAAGAUGAAAAGCUGAAUGAAGUAAUGCUGGAGGCCUGGAAGUAUAAUCGGGAAUGCAAACUCCUAAGGGAUACCCUGCAAAGCUUCAGCUGGAAUGUUUCAGGUCAUGGAUUCACAGAUAAAGUAGAUCGACUAAAACUGGCAGAAAUUGUGAAGCAAGUGAUAGAAGAGCAAACCACUUCCCAUGAAUCCCAAUAAUGACAACUUCAAACUUUGUUUUUUUUAACAAUUUGAAAAAAUAUUGUUUAAUGUAUAAAGUAAUUUUUAUGUAAAUUAAUAAAUCAUAAUUUAAUUUCAACAUUGUUUAAAGUUGCUAUAUAGAUUUAGGUACAGGAUUUACUAAUAGUA